AUGAGUAUUGAUGAAAAUGUAUUGUUAUCGUUAAUUUUAAUAUUUUCAUGGCUAGAAUACUCAUGGGAAUUAUAUCUUUCUUUGCGACAGCGGAAUAUAUACAAGACUAACAAUACUAUUCCAGAAGAUUUAAAAGAAUUUCUCAAUGAGGAAUCAUUUAGGAAAGCUCGACUUUAUGGCAUGGAUAAAUCUCAAUAUAAAAUAGUAAAGGAGUUUUAUAGUAUAACACUUACAUCAAUUAUUCUUUACAAUAGAUGGAUAUAUACAGCAUGGCAAAAAUCUGAAAAUAUAGCUGCCAUAUUCAACAUUGGUUCAGACCAGGAAAUUUUAAUAAGUUGUGUCUUCAUGACCUUUGUAACAUUAUUCAAUUUUGUUGUAAAUAUGCCAUUUUCAAUUUACCAAAUAUUUGUUCUUGAAGAAAAACAUGGAUUUAAUAAGCAGACAAUUGGAUUCUUUAUAAAGGACCAGUUCAAGUCACUAGUGCUUAGUCUUGUUAUUACAUUACCAAUUGUAUCUAUAGCAAUAUACAUUAUAAUGCUUGGUGGAAAUAUGUUUGUAGUUUGGCUGUGGCUUUUCACAACAGUAGCCACUAUACUACUUUUAACACUUUACCCUACAGUUAUUGCACCCUUAUUUGACAAGUUUGUUCCAUUACCUGAUGGUGAUCUCAGAAAGGGUAUUGAGAAUUUAGCAUCAAGAUUACAUUUUCCUCUAUCCCAAGUUUAUAUUGUAGAGGGUUCAAAACGAUCAGCACAUAGUAAUGCAUAUUUCAGUGGCUUAUUUGGUGCUAAAAGAAUUGUCUUAUUUGAUACAUUGCUUGAAAAACAUGAUGAAACUAAGAAAAUAACAACUGGGUGCACAAAUAAUGAAAUUUUGGGUGUUUUAGCUCAUGAAUUAGGCCACUGGAGCUGUAGUCACAUUUAUAAAUCUAUUGUUCUUACUGAAGUAAAUCUAUUACUUCUUUUUACUGCCUUUGGUCUACUUUUUAAAUAUUCUAUGCUAUACACAUCUUUAGGAUUCCCAGCAGGGCAGGAACCUGUGAUAAUAGGCUUAAUAGUUGUAAUGCAGCUCAUAUUAGCACCAUAUAACUCACUCUUAUCAUAUUUUACAACUGCUUUAUCCCGGAAAUUUGAGUUUGAAGCUGAUAAUUUUGCAGUUUCUUUGAAUUAUCCAAUGGAACUUAAAUCAGCUCUAAUUAAAUUAGGUAAAGAUAACUUAGACUAUCCUAUUUAUGACAAAUUGUAUUCUGCUUGGUAUCAUUCCCACCCUACUUUGUUACAUAGAAUUGAAAAUAUUAAAACACAAAUCACCAAUAAUAAAGUUGAU